AUGGACAAGCUUGCAGCAGCGGUCCAAGAGGACAUGUUUAAGCUCUCCCCUCUCCCCUCGACACUACACGUUCCUACCGAAUUGCCCCCGGACUCUGAGACGCCUGAGCCAGAGUUUCAAAAGAAAGGCUCCGGGCUGAGCGAAGCAUACACUCGUCAAUCAAUCCCGGCGAUCUCGAUUAAUCCUUCGGACGCAAGCUUGUCAGGUAGCCUUUUGAGCCGUCGCAUGCGAGAGCAUGACGAGAAUAUGGCUCAGUCCUUACCUCAAAGGGAUGAGUACGGUUCUAUUCAUCGUUUCAUGGCGAGUCGUCAACCGUCACCCCCGAGAGCCUCUUCCUCGAUGGCGUACGUCCCCUACGACCCGAGCGGCGACGUCAUCAUGGCUUCCGCAUCGGUACCUCGUGGAUCAGUUCUGCGAGAGAGUAAGCAACCUCCGGUUCACACUUGCGCGGAAGAGGAGCAGCACGAGCGGUGGAGGAAAGAACUGCACGACCUCCUACAACUCCCCACCAACUCCAGCGGCGCCAUCCGCGAGGACUCUGAUUUUGUUCCGUCGUUGUCUCGAGUGGGCAGUUUGAGCCGGGUGCGGCCUUCCUCUCCUCCUCGCUACUCCGGGGACUCCAGCCAUCCAGCCAUGUCACGACUACGCGCAGAGCCCCUGCACCAGGGCCGCGAGCGAUCUCAUUCGGAGGCGGUGUACCCACAGUCUUCAUCUUCGUUCCGCUUCUACGUAUCCCACCCCCCUUCGCCUCCACCUUCGACUAGCCCCACCGGGAUGGCUUCUCCAUUAUCAGCUACUUCGAUGUCUCCCACCUCACCUGGCACGGCGCAGAUCCCUCGCCCGUCGCUGAUAUCGCGCGCCAGUAGUGCCGCCCGGGAGGCGGAGACUCGCGCACGCGAGCGGAAUCGCAAGGAAUCCGGCGGGUCCACGACCUCUCUGUCUUCCAUCGCCUCAUCGUCAUCGGGUAGAACCCCCAGUGCACUCCGCGAACCCACCGAGGCUCUCAGCCGUCGAUCCUCCCUGGCAAACAGAGGCCCGAGUAGAAGCGGGCACACGCCCGGCAUCCAGAUCAUCUCUUGA